GGGGCUCGCUGUCGGUUGGCCCGGGCGCGGGGGGCGGGGUGUCCCGGGGCUCGCUCUCGGUUGGCCCGUGCAGACCUCGCUGCUGGGACUCGCCCUCCUGCACAGCUCGCCGCAGUGACCUGCCCUGGGCAGGCAGUGCCAUGGAGCCCGAGACCCGCAGCAUCCAGAUUGAGUUCCCGCACUAUGCUGCGGUGCUGCUGGAGUCGCUCAACAAGCACCGCUUGGAGGGCAAGUUCUGUGACAUCUCCAUCCACGUGCAGGGCCGGGUCUUCCAGGCUCACAAGAGCGUGCUGGCAGCCUCCUCUCCCUACUUCCAUGACAAGCUGCUCCUCAAUGACACCAACUGCAUUGUGCUGCCCACUGUCAUUGAGCCAGAGGCCUUUGAGAAUUUGCUACAGCUCAUCUACUCUGGCCGCCUCAAGCUGCUGAUGGAGGCACUGCCCAGUCACCUGCUGGUGGCCAGCGGGCUGCAGAUGUGGCAGGUGGUGGACCAGUGCUCUGAGAUCCUUAAAGAGCUGGAGGGAGGCCCCUGCCGGCCCUGGUCCAGCCGGGCAAGCGAGAGCCAGUCCCCCAGUAGCAGCAACUAUUUUGCUGUGAAGGAUGAUGGGGAGCCAGGGGGCAGCAGCUCAGAGGGGCCUGGGCAUGGUGGGGUGUCAUCAGGCCGGCCAGCACCAGGCUGCCCUGACAAUGAGGUGAUGAAGAUCCGGGUGUCACAGGAGGAAGAGGAGGAGGAGGAGGAGGAGGAGGAGGAACAUCAGGCCCAGAUCUGCAGCGGCUCAAUGGACAAGGCCGUGAAGAUUGUACUGGAGGAAGAUGAAGAGGGUGGUGGCAGAGGAGGCUCCAAGGGGCCGUCUUCAGGGGAGCUGGACAGCGCCUUCCAUGGACCCCGUGACCACCCCAAGAUCUUCUACAUCAAGCAGGAGCGCUUUGACCCUGACGAGGCAACAGUGGCAGGACUGGGAGGUGGUGUGAGUGCUGCAGGUGAAGCCAGCUUUCUGAAGUCGCUGGCACAGGGGCGGGCAUUGGGCAUGGCUGAGGUUCAGGGCCUGUGCCAGGCAGAGUUCCAGCCAAGCAGUGAAGUCAGCUACAUAAUCCCUGCUGCGGGCACUGGUGCCACCUCCUCCUCUUCCUCCAUUGCUGCCCCUGGCUUCACCAUUAAGGCCCAGCCCCUCUCCUCCGAUGAGGCCAGCUUCCCCCAGAGCUCCUGGAAGCCAGUGGACCUACAUGGCAAUGAGAUCAUUGCCCAUGCGGUGCAUGGCCAGGUGGUGCAUGCACCUGUUAAAAUUGUGACGGCACCUGAUGGAAAGAAGUUUGGCUGCCUAUGUGGCAAGCGCUUUGCCGUCAAGCCCAAGCGUGACCGGCACAUCAUGUUGACCUUCAGCUUGCGCCCGUUCGGCUGCUCCGUCUGCAACAAGAAAUUCAAGCUGAAACACCACCUGACGGAGCAUAUGAAGACCCAUGAUGGGAACCUGUAUUCAUGCGAGGACUGUGGGCGCAAGUUCCGUGUGCAGAACUGCUUCCUCAAGCACAAGGAGCUGUGCAAGGGCCAGGGCUGGGCCACUGCUUGCUGGACCUACAAAUAAAACCCGGGGCGGGACUGAGUGGAGGACUCCUGCCAGCCUUCUCUAGGCCUGAUCCAGCCCCUGAGCUUUGUUGCUCUGUAUCCUUGCAGCUCUGCCCUCCUGAGCUUGGUAACCUGCUCUAGGGCCCCGGGGACACCAAAACAUGAAGGGACACAAAUGGGAGCUGGGCAGGCCAGGGGAUUUGGCCCCAGCAUGGUGGCUCCCCAUGCUGCUCCAUGGCUUAGUGUUUCCGACAUACAGAACUUGCCAUGGGUCAAAGGGGGGAGAUAGAGAAAGCGAGAGAGCCCCAGGCUAAUGUAGGAGCUCAGGGCAGGAGGGUGGAGCAAGAGGCUGAUGGGAACCUCAAGGCAGGGGAUUAACAGCCACAUUACAUCCCUGUUCCCAAUCUGGCCCUGCCCUCCUCUGAAAGGAUACUGCUCUGUUGUGAGUGAACUCAACUGCUGGAUCCCACUUACUCUCUGCCCAGACGCAGCUGAGUGAAGUUGUGUCACUGUUCCUGGCUCUGGGUUUAUAAGGCAUACUCCCAGGUGUGGAUUCCAUGGCUGCCACCUUUCCUUGGGACUUGGGAAUCUGUAGCCUAGCCACCAAAACCAGCAUCUCAGCCUUCCCCAGCCCUCAAGUGUUGGUACACAUUCCCUCAGAAUCUGCCUUGCUGUGGGCACUCAGGGCUGAUGACUAACCCCUUAGGGACAAUAAGGUAGGUAAGCAAAGAACACAGGCUCAGCAAAGUGAUUUCUUAACCAUAGAUACUUUAGUCUUAAAGCAGCGGAGUGUUACAGAUCUGUGAAAACCACAGUCCUGAGCUGCCCUCAAGUCUGAUCUCACUCCUUCUGCGAGACUGAGUUCUGGUCAGUGUUCCAGACAAGGCCAAGUCCCUCCUGCCUUCUUUCCAUCAAGCCUGGUCUUGUGGAGUAUGGCAGUGGACAGCCUGCCCUUCUCCGGGAGCACUCCCCUUAAACCUAGUCUUUGACACUUUUGGACCAUGAGCCCAGUCUAGGAUAUUCCAACCCCAUGCCCUGUGAGACCCAGGGAAGAAAAACAUUGUCUCCUGAACCAGGCCAAUCUUUGAAUCAUCCAAAGUUGAUGGGCUUUGAUGGUCCAGUCGUUGAUAGUCCUUUCCCUGGCAGGGCACUGUCUGGAAUAGACUGGCUUUGUCGAAGUCAGGCUGGCUUUUCAACACAGUGCACAAAAUGAGAGAGAGGCGCAUAAACAGAAAUCAAAGCCAAAUGCCGUUCACCAUUUGGUACAGACAUAACUCUUUUCUGUUGCUGCCACGGCUAGGUCAGUAACCUGGAGGCUACCAACCCCAGCACUGUGGCAGGCAUGGGCAGGAUGGGGAAAGCUCAGUGUGGGAGCCAUGGCGAUAGAACCGUAGUGGGUUUUGCCCAGGUUUCCUGGUCCUGCAGGGAGGCUUUUGGCUGUAUUGCUCCCACUGUCACCCCACCCUCCUUCCAACCAGGCCCAGUGUGAGCUCCCCCUCCUGCCAGAGCAGCUCAGCCACUCCAUUCCCAACCCCUUCAUUGUGCUGUGUGCCACAUCCCAGGCCUGGGGACUCAGAUUCCCCUGUGAGCCCCAGCACGGGACUAGGGUGGGUUGGGGACAGGGGUAGAGACUGGUGUAAAUGUGCUGUACGCUAGAGAGUGUGGGUCUUUGCACACCCUUCUAAUGACUGGUGCACAAAGCAGGUGGCAGAGUGACAUGUUCAGAGCAAGCGGUAGAGGUCAGUUUUGUGGAGCUGAAGUCCCUGGGUCGCUUCGACCAUGACCCAUGUGGGGUUGGGGUUGUCAGCCCCUCUGCAAUCCCCUUACCCUGCUUGAUUUCUCCCCCUAUCUUCUGGCUUUAGCAGCCACACCCAUUCUUGUCCCUGGCUUCCUGCUAUGGGUGUGUUUCUUAUUGACCUUGUUUUAUUUGCCCUCUUCUUCCUACCAGUUCCUUGCUGUGGUUCAUGCCCUUUCCCACUGGCAUCACUGGCCCGGGUGAGAAUCUGUUUCCUUGAAUAACACCUUGAGCCUUCUCACUCACCCAAAGAGGAAAAGCCACUCCCUUGUUUUUAACUGUAUGCACCACCCUGGGUCCCCCUGCAUGGGCUGUGCACACACACCUCUCCCCGCCAGCCUCUGCUCUUGGUUAAGAACAUAAGAAUGGCCAUGCUGGGUCAGACCAGUGGUCCAUCUAACCUCAUAUCCUGUCUUCUAACAAAAAGAAAAGGAGUACUUGUGGCACCUUAGAGACUAACCAAUUUAUUUGAGCAUGAGCUUUCGUGAGCUACAGCUCACUCUAACAGUGGCCAGUGCCAGAUGCUUCAGAAGGAAUGCAUAUGACAGGGCAAUUUAUCGAGGGGCUAUCCCGUGUCAUCCAGUCCCAGCUUCUGGCAGUCAGAGGUUUAGGGACACCCAGAGCAUGGGGUUACAUUCCUGAUUAUCUUGGCCAAUAGCCAUUGAUGGACCUGUCCUCCAGGAACGUAUCUAGUUCUUUUUUCAACCCAGUUAUACUUUUGGCCUUCACAACAUACCCUGGCAAUGAGUUCCACAGGUUGUCUGUGUGUUGUGUGAAGAAAUACUUCCUUUUGUUUGUUUUUAAACCGGUUGCCUAUUUAAUUUCAUUGGGUGACCCUGGUUCUUGUGUUAUGGGAAUGAGUAAAUAACAUUUCCUUAUUCACUUUCUCCACACCCUUCAUGAUUUUAUAGACCUCUGUCAUCUCCCCCCUUAGUCGUCUCUUUUCUAAGCUGAACAAUCCCAGUCUUUUAACUCUCUCUUCAUAUGGAAGCUGAUCCAUACCCCUGAUUUUUUUUUUUUUUAGUCCUUUUCUAUACUUUUUGCAAUUCUAGUAUCUUUUUUGAGAAAGGGGACCCAAACUGCACACAGUAUUCAAGGUGUGGCCAUACUUUGGAUUUAUUUAGUGGCAUUAUGACAUUUUCUGUCUUCUUAUCUAUCCCUUUACUAAUGGUUCCUAACAUUCUGUAGCCUCUGUGUUGGGUUCAAGGAUCUUAAUUCCUUCCCUGUUGACUAGCUCAGAAACAGUCUGUGUGGAUGCAAAUCAGGUUAGCUUGUUCCAGAGCAGGGUGCUGCUCUAGCAGGGGGUCCAUACACACCAAGCUUUUCUGACCCAAGUAGCUUCAGUUUUCUGCAUGUUUUCUUUUGUCCCUGCCAGAGGGGAGACAGCUAAAUCUGGCCAUCUCAGCAAAGUAAUGGCUGGGGCGGGGAUAGGGUUGUAACUACUAGUGUCUCAAGGUUGCCAGUGCCAAGGCCUAUGGUGAAGGGAACCAAAUAGGGGGAUUCAAAUGGAGAGAGCUGAGAGUCACUGGCCCAGGAGCUCUGAAACAAUCCCCACACAGUGAGGGACUGGCAGGAUUCCUUCCCUGAGGGGAGGGCUGGGUGAGGAUCAAUCUUGCCUUGGGCUGUGGGACACAGAGGCCCAAGGAUGGUUCAGAAACACUAGCAUGGAGGGAAACAGACAGGGAGAGUUCUGUGAAGAGGGAGGGUUGAGGAGAGGGGUGUGAACCAAUUAGUGCAACGGUUCUUGUGUGUAGCACUUGUACAAACCCAAAUCUCUAUAUUGUAUAAAAUUUUGCUAUGGAAUCUAA